AUGGUAAGCGGAGUAUGCGUAUUGAUCCCCAAGCGAUCGCUGAUCGCAUGGUCGGCGGCUGCAGCGAUGACGUACGGCGUCGGCGUCGCGCAAAACAACACAGAUCUCGGUGGUGGUGGCGGAAUGAACGACGAGGAAUACGACGAGAACUCGUCCGCACGACUAUUCGAACGCAGCCGCAUCAAAGCACUUGCA